AUGUACGACAUAAUACUUAUGUCCAUCGGCGAAACGAAUCAUUUCUUGUUACUAGGCUUUGGGCAUAAGUCAAAUGCAAAGAUAGCUAAAUCCUCAUUCCUUGAAUCUGCACACAGCGGCGCCUUCUGCACAGAGCUGUGUGCGGCGCCGCGCUUCCGCGGGGACGGCGCGGGCGGCGAGGAGGCGGCGCGCUGGACGCCGCCGGGGGGCGCGGGUGGCGCGGGAGGCGCGGGUGGCGCGGGUGGCGCGGCGCUGAGCGGCGCGGCGGCGGCGCUGGCGCACUUGCCGCGCCUCAUGGACCGCGUCGUGCCGCCGCAGAGCUUCCGUGACCACUACUCCGGCGCCUUCCGGUUCCGACUGUGGGUGUUCGGCGAGUGGCGCGAGGUGGUGGUGGACGACCGGCUGCCGGCGCGCGGCGCCCGCCUGCUGGCCGCCCGCGCCGCGCCCGACGACUUCACGCUGCCGCUGCUCGAGAAGGCCUACGCCAAGCUGCUGGGCUCGUACGCGGCGCUGCGCGGGGCCGGCGCGGCGGGCGCGCUGGCGGCGCUGUCGGGCGGCGUGGUGCAGAGCGUGGCGCUGCGCGGGCAGGAGCGCGCGCGCACGCUGCAGCUGCUGCAGGCCGCCGUGCCGCGCGCCACGCUGCUGCUGUGCGCGCCCGCCGCCGCCGCGCCCGCCGCCGCCGUCACCGGCCUGGCGCGCGCGCCGCCCGCCACGCUGGUGCGCGUGCGCGCGGCCGCCGGACGCGGCGCGUGGCGCGGCGCGGAGUGGCGCGGCGCGUGGGCGCCGGGCGGCGCGGAGUGGCGCGCGCUGGCGCCCGCUGACCGCGACCUGCUGGCCGACGACCCCGCCGCCGGCUUCUGGAUGUCGUUCGAGGAGUUCACGCGCGUGUUCAGCCAGCUGGAGCUGGUGCACGUGGGGCCCGACGACUGGCUGCUGGAGCCCGCGCUGCAGAGCAGGCGGCCCUGGCGCGCCGUGCUGGCGCGGCGGCGCUGGCGGCCCGGCCUCAACGCGGGCGGCCCGCCCGCCUGCGCCACCGCCGGCGCCAACCCGCAGUUCCACCUGCAGAUCCCGGGCGCCGCCAAGUGCCACGUGGUGGUGUCGGUCACGCAGCAGUGCGCGCCCGCGCCGCGCCGCCUGCACGCUGUCGGCUUCGCGCUGUACGCGCUGGGAGCCGGUGACGCGGCUAGCGCCCGCUGCGGCCCCGCCGAGCUGCGCGCGCUGCGGCCGCUCGACGUGACGCACGAGUCGCGCGCGCGCGAGGUGGUCGCCUUCUUCACGCUGCCGCCGGGCCGCUACCUGCUGGUGCCGCACACGCGCCGCCCGCACACGCCCGCCGCCUUCCUGCUGCGCGUGCUCACCGACGAGCCCGCCGACGUGUGGGAGGUCAACGACGACAAUAUGAUCGUGCGCGACGCGCCGGCCGAGUUCCUGCGCGACGAGCGCGCCGUGCCGAGCUGCGCGCGCGCGGCGGCGGCGCGGGCGGCGCGCGGCGCGGCGGAGCUGGACGCGGCGGCGCUGCGCGCGGCGCUGCGGCGCGAGUGGCGCGCGUGGCUGUGCGCGCGGCCGUCGCUGGCGCUGUGCCGCGCGCUGGUGGCGCUGCGCGACCCGGCGCUGGCGGGCGCGCUGGCGGCGCGGGAGCUGCCGGCGCUGCUGGCGCUGCUGGGCUACUGGCGCGCGGCGUUCCUGCGCGCGGGCGGGGCGCGGCGCUGCGGGGGGGGCGCGCACGCGAGCUCGUACCGGCUGCGCGCGCUGCUGUGGGCGGCGGGGGUGACGGCCUCCAACAAGGUGCUGGAGUGCCUGGUGCUGCGGUUCGCGCGCGGCCGCCGCCUCUCCGAGGAGGCCUACGUGAUGGCGCUGGCGCGGCUGCACCUGGCGCACGAGCGGUACCGCAGCCUGGACGUCAAGCUGAAGUGCAACCCGCUGUCGCUGGAGGAGAUGAUCCUGAUGACGAUCUACUCGUGAGCCGGCGGCGGCGCGACUGCGACCUUAUUCAUAUUGAUUUGUUGUUUGUUUUGUAAACAAUUGUAGAAUCACUGUUACAUAUAGUAGGUAGAUAGACGAUUUGUUAAUAUUUAAUCUUAUUUAUUUGUUGGGCAAUGUACACAUCAAGUUAGAAUAA